GGAAUUACGGUAUUCAGUCCGAGACCGAAUUCCCUGACGAGCGUAUUGGAUAUCGCGGCGUAUGCUUAGCAUCGUCAUAGACGUUUUGCUAAUUGAAAAUUUUUGUGUUUCCUUUUUCAUUUGCCUGCGCGCGUGUGUGUGUCUGUGUAUGUAAACAGCAGCAAAUUUAAGGAAAAAAGUUGAAAAAUCAUAAUAUUUUUGGUUUUUUUCUGCAGCGCAGCCAGCAAAAAUGUUGCAGAAUUAAUUAAGAAAAGUUGAAAGAAAAAAUAUUUUUGAACGCUGGCAAAAGUGUUUGGGAAAAGUUUUUGUGAAAAAAUCAAUGAUGAGCAACGAAAUGGAGUGAUAAUCAGCGUUUGGUGAACACACUUUUUAAGUUUAUGUUGAAAAUUUUUGUUUAACGCAUUGCGGAGCGUGGAAUACUGCAAAGUGAAGGAGUAAAUAGAUAUAAAAUAAACGAAAAAUACAAAGCAAAGUAAAAAUAUAUACAAAACGAUGAAAAAUAUUCGAGAAAGAGAUGAAAUAUUAACAAAAAAUAAAUAAAUAAAUUUAAAAAUUAAUUCGGAAAAUUUUUGAAAUCAUAAAAAGGUUAAAAAAAUAUAAAGAUUAAAUAUACCAACAAAAAAAAAAAAAAAAUACAGAACAUAAUUAAAACUAACAAAAAUCUGAAAUUAAGUAAUAACUGCAAACAAAUGUGCAGAAAAUAGUUGAAACUAAAAAAAUUGUGAAGUAAUUUAACAUUAGAAAAAAUAUUAAAAAAAUUAUAAUAAAUAUUAAAAAAUAAUUAAAGCGAAUAACUAAAACAAUAACCCAAAAAAAAUAAAAAUUAAUUUACAAAAAAAAUAAUAAAUAAAUUCUAUAUGUAUAUAUUAAUAAAUAAUAUAUAAGCACACAACAUUUUUGUUUGAAAAUUAAUAUAUUAAGCGGCGACAAUAAAUCUGUGCAAGCCUAAAUUUUUAAUAAAAAUCAAUUAACUAAUAACCUUACAAGCAACGACGACAAUAAUUUUGCGUUUGCAUAUAAGCAGAAAAUAUUACAAACAAAUAUUUUCCAAAUAAAAAUAAUUAAUUAAUUCAAAUGAAAAAAAAAUGUUAUUAAUGUAAAAAAAAAAUAUUUUUAUGUGAAAUAAAAAAAAUAUAUAUAUACAUAUAUUAAAAAUAUUAUAAAAACUAAAAAUAUUAUAGAAAUUAAAAAUUUUUAUAAAAAUUAAAACAUUAAAUAUUGACAUAAAUAACACUGCAAAUUAUUUUAUGUGCAACAACUUCUGAGAUUUGAAAUAAAAGUUCGCAAAAAUUAGUGAAAUUCUCGAAGCAAAUUUUCUACACUAAAAAUUCACUUCAAGGAUUAUACAAUUGCUGCAUGCAUAUGCGCCAUUUUGUCAAGUUGUGCGGGUCGAACAGCGCUUAGCGUUGGCUGCAUGACCAUAACAAUAACAAAAACAACAACAAUAGCAGGACCGUAACCAAAAUUGCAAACAAAAUAUAAAUAUUGGAAUAAAAUUCAACAGCGACUAAAUAACUGCGCCGAAAAGUAAAUAUACAUAUACAUAAUAUAUGUAUAUGCAAACUUAUAUACAUAAGCCAACACAUAGUGGUUAUGACCGAAAAGCCACCAGCAUAAGCACCAAAUAAUAGUAACAACAAUAAGUUUGCUGCCAAACGCAACAACAAUUGCAUUAUAUGCGCAACAUUUGUUAUUUACAACAACAAUAACAUAACUGGUAUAUAAAUACAAAGCGCUGUGUAUCUGCGCGCUGCAUAGUUGGAGGCGCGUUGAAGUAAAAGGACGCUAGGCGCACACACCAAUACAAAAAAAAAAAAACACAUCACACACAAUCGAAAAGAAAAACAACAAAGUAGCAGCAGAACAAGCAGCACAAAAUCCACACUCGUCUACACUCGUUUAUUGUGUUCGGUGUUGGUGAGUGCGCGCGUGUAUUUGUGAGCUUGUAGGCGCGCGCCUACAAUUGCUUUGCCUUUGUCUGUGUGUGUGUGUGUGUGAGCGCGCGGUUGUGAAACUUUUCCGACUUGUAUGUGCGCGUGCGAAGGCAAAUAAACAUUUACUAUUACUACAUUACAACAACAACAAUACCAACAAUAGCAACAGCAAAGCACAAAAACAAUAAAAACCGUUAGCGGCAACAAAUCAAUGAAUACAAAGUUGCCAUCGUCAUCGUCGUCGUCGUCAUCUUCGUCGCCGCCAUCAUUAUCAUUAACGCCAUUGCUAGUCGGCGAAAAGCAGAAGCAACAGCAACAACAACACUAGCGCGUAAUUAAAAAGUAAUCGCCCCCAGAAGAAACGUUUAUACAUGCCGAACGCAUAAACGAAGCGCAUUUUUUCAAGGCGCCGCAUUUCAUAAGUAACGCGCGGCUCACAAAUUCGCCCGCUGACUCCAACUACAACUCCAAUCGCCCGUUUUGCCUAUUUUCACGCAGUUAAUAACAUUUCCGCUUGUGGUUCGUUGCAUUAGCACACUCGCUUAUUAGUUCGCCUUUUUUUGCUGGCAAAAACUUCCGUCGCACCGCCGCGCGCUUUGCAUUCGCCGCCGCGUCAGUAACGCGAUUCGCCGCGCCUACUAAAACAAUCGAGGAUGUCGCACGUAUAUAUAGCACGCGCUCGCGCGUACAAAUCGCUUCGUCAGGGAAUGUGCACAGUGGCAGCAGAAAGUAUAAAUACAAAUACAACGAGGACUGCGCCGAGUGAGAAUCGCAGCCGAAUUGCAGCAUCCACAGCUGUCUCCAGCUACAGGCUGCUACAUAGGCCGUUGGCCUGCAUACUCAUCGGCUUCGUCGUCCUGCUCAGCUGUCUUGUACAAAAUGCUUCAGGGCGCGCACCACCAGAGCCCUACUACGGUCGCUACAUCGGAGAAUUUACAAAUUUUGCGCACGGCAUAAAGGGCUCCAUUUAUGCCGUCGACGAAUCUACGCUGUUCAUCAAAUCAUUUGCAUAUGAUGGCACGGGACCGGAUGCAUUCUUCUGGGUUGGUAAAACUCCACGUCCAAGUCCCGAAGGAUACAUCAUACCAUAUCCAGAAGAGUAUGCUGGCAUCGAUCCACCAAUAUUGCAAGCGCACAACAACACCAACAUCAUACUGCGUCUGCCCAUGGGCAAAAGGAUUAAGGAUAUACGAUGGCUGUCCGUGUGGUGCCGACGAUUUACGGUUGAUUUCGGUGAAGUUUUUAUCCCACCUAACCUAGAUGUACCAAAACCACGUGUGCUACCGGAAUUCAAACGUCUAGCACAUGGACUACGCUCGAGCAACAUAAGUGUUUUGGAUGCGAAAACUUUCUAUAUACCCAAUCUACACUAUGACGGCGCUGGUCCAGAUGCCUAUUUCUGGGUUGGCAAUGGCUCCGAACCUAAUAUUAUGGGCAUUAAGGUACCCAAUGAGGUUGGCUCACUAGAACCGCUGCGUGGUUAUCAAGGUGAAGAUAUCGAGAUACAGUUACCGGGCUCCUUGACAGUUUACGAUAUCGAUUGGCUUUCGGUUUGGUGUGUGGAGUACAGGCAUAAUUUCGGGCAUGUUUUCAUACCGAAAGAUUUGGAUGUGCCGCCAGCGUUGGGUCAAACAAAAAUAACGACCACCACCACACCACGUCCCGUCUACGCCAAUUGUCGCGAGAUUAUACCCGACAAACUGCAAGUGAAAUGGGAGUUACAAGGCGAAUACAUACAGAUCGAGCUGUUUGGACGCAUUGCCGAGGAUCAGUAUAUGGCUUUUGGUCUAUCUGGCGCCAAUGGACGUGCGCAAAUGUCGCAAUCGGAUGUAGUUGUCGCAUUCUAUGAUACCACUGCACGCGUAUUCCGUGCCGAAGACUACUUCAUCUCCGAUUUGUCGCAGUGCGAUGGGCAGCACGGCGCUUGUCCCGAUAGUCGUAUUGGCGGACGUAACGACGUUAUUGUCUUGAGCGGCGAUCGCAAGAAUAAUGUGACCAGCAUACGCUAUAAGCGUCUCAUACAAACCAACGAGCCGAUUUACGAUUUUGCCAUACCAUUGGAUCGCGAAGUGUCCGUGAUCGCUGCGAUCGGACCGCUGAAUAGUCUUAUGGAGGCAAAUGCGCAUUCGCACACCGGCAACGAUCACACCAUCGACGAUGUGCGCAUUAAUUUCUCAUCGCGUAACGAUCAUUCGUGCAAGAAUUCGCUGUACAGUUUCAAAGAUCAGAGCGGUCCAAAGCCCUGGCCAACACGUAAGAUCACCAACGAGACCGUAUUCACGGCACGUAUUGGUCCCACAGGCGGUAAACGUGGCUACACGCCACUCACUGGUAUACCUUCCUGGGGUAUUGCUUGGUACUUGAAUGAUCUGCUAAUACCAGAGAUAACGGUGCAGCGUGGCAAAACUUAUGAGUUCUAUGUCGAGGGCGGUGAUGAUCCCGCACAACCUGCCAGAUACCAUCCAUUCUAUAUCACCGAUUCACCGGAAGGCGGUAUUGGACAAAUGACUGGUCUUGAAGUAAGCAAGCAAAAGGCUUAUGCCGGCGUCGAAUUCGAUAAGGAGGGUAAUCCAAUACCGACUGCAUUUGGACGUUACUGCGAAUGGACACAUCGUACAGUGGAUCUAUCAGCCCAGAUUGAAACCUUUGAGGAAUAUAUGAAGACCUUGAUGUUGGAAUGUGUUGAGGGUGAACCGGGCUUCUUAAAUUGGACAGUACCAUUGGAUGCACCAGAUCUGCUGUAUUAUCAGUGCUUCACACAUCGAAAUCUCGGCUGGAAGAUAAACGUGGUCGACGCCACGGACGCAUCAGCAGCGCUGCAGCUAACCAUCACCAAUGCGAUUGUGUACACAAUUUCCGUGCUAUUUAGCCUGUUUGUGACGCAAAACAUUUUCAGUUUGUCAAUAAUUGCCUGAUAGUGGUGCUGCUGUCACAGCAAGUUAGAACAUUUUAAAUUUUAAAUGUCAAGUGCAAACCGUUUAAGAGGCUGAGGCGAAUGCGCAAAACGCACAAACACAAACAUAUAUUUUCUGAUAUAUACACACACGUGCAAUUUUAGUUAUUUGCAUAAAAAUUGUAAUUUUUGAAACUGUGAAACAUAUCUGGAGAAGAGAGAAAGUAUUAAGGCAUAUCUUUGCAGAGCGCAUAUCGGUACGAUAUUUUAGUCCACGCACACUCAUACAUAUGCAUUUUGACUUUUAUAUAGUAUUUAUAAGCAGCAUAUCCGUUUACAAACCAAACAAAGCAAAGUAAAUUAGAAAAGAAAGAGAUAUAAAAAAAAUAAGUAAUAAGAAAAAAUUUGGUGUUCAAAUCAAUUUUAAA